AUGCGUUUUCCUAUCGUUCUCGCCCUGGCUCUGGUUGCUGUGGCAGCCCCAGCAUUUGCGGCAACAAUCACAAUCACUGGCUGCGACUCCAGCACGCUGAACAAUGACACCAUCGUGAGAGACCUGGGCUUCUGCCUGAAUGAACUAGCGGCGAACGUCACCACAUGCCCCGAGGCUUGCCCGGAGCCCCUUGAGGAGGUUGGUUACAGCUGCACCAUGGGCCUCGUCGAUUACUACGCAACCCAGGGUGUCUUUGACAAGCUGGGGUUCACCCUGGCGCAGAUCCACGCCCGUGUGUAA